AAUUGCGCUGGAAGUAAUCCUUUAUGAACAGGUGACGGCGUCGGGUAAGAUGUGCAGGCUCAACCUACUUGAUGUCAUUUUUUUAGCGCUCGUAUACUUAUUUAUACGCUUCCAACCCCAGUCAUUCUACGCAUCUAAGACACACAUUUCUUACAUCAUAUAAUUCCCCGAACAUUUGUUCUUCAAACUUGAAGAAUGACAGAGAAAUAUUUGCAUUUCACACGUCCCACGCAACUGAAUGAACGCACAUAAUAUCUGCUUUGAGGUCUGACCGAUAUUUGAUCAUUUGGAAGCUACCGUGCUGGGUUGUAAAGUACCCAAGUUAUAGUCACAGCAACUUAUAUUUUUUUGUUAUACACAUACUCGUAUCCCUUGUGAACUGAUCGCAGCGUUGUGUGGGAAGUGCAGAGUUAUCUUACUUGCCGCAACUUUUUUCAGAGUAUCCAAAUAAAGGAAGAACCCCUCGAAAAUGAUGAAAAUUCGUCUAGCAACAUCCACAUCAAAUCAGAACCAGAAGACUUAGAUGAUUCUAUGAACGGAGAGUAUAAUGAAUUCCCUCCAGCACUGUCACCUCAGAUGCCCGAGCAUGAACAUAUGGAAACCGGAAUACAAAAUGGUGGUAGUUCGACCAAUCUAUAUGUGAAUGACAACGACAAGAGGUGCAGAUAUUGUGAUAAGCUAUUCAGUAACAUAUCUAAUAGAAAGAAGCAUGAAAAAGCAAUACACCCACCUAAUGAACCGUAUGCAAGAAGAUCUAUGUGUGUGGAAGGUGUAGUAUUUUGCUAUGACAUACCCGGUCUAAUGACCGAACUGAACACACCGCGCCCGAUAAAUGGAGACUAUUCAUAA